AUGCCGUCCGGAGCUACUGGCAACGCCACGGCCAACCCGUUCAAGGUUGGCCUCUUCCCCCUGCACUACCUCACGGCCUUCAUCCUCGUCACGACGCUCUUCUUCCUCUGGGGCUUCGCGUACGGCCUGCUCGACGUGCUCAACAAGCACUUCCAGAACGUGCUCAACAUCACCAAGCUCAAGUCGACGGGGCUGCAGGUGGCAUACUUUGGUUUCGGCUACUUCUGCUUCUCGCCCGUGGCCGGCGAGGUGAUGAAGCGCAAGGGAUACAAGUUCACGAUCAUCAUGGGCCUGAGCCUGUACGCGCUCGGGGCGAUCAUGUUCUGGCCGUGCGCCAAGUUCUCCAUGAGCAGCAGCAACAAGGACGCGGUGUUUGGCGGGUUUGUCGUGUGCACCGGCGUCAUUGCGAGCGGGCUCGCGUCGCUCGAAGUCGCGGCCAACUCGUACAUCUCCGUCAUGCCGCCCGUGUCCGUGUCGAGCUUCCGCCUGCAGCUCUCGCAGGCGUUCAACGGCGUCGCGCAGUUCGCAGGCCCGUUCAUCGCCGCAAAGUACUUCUUCCGCGGGGAGAACGCAAACAACCUCACAAACGUCCAGUGGGUGUAUCUUGCCGUCGCGAUCGUCGGCGUCAUCGUCGCCCUGCUGUUCCUCUUCACCAAGCUCCCCGAGGUCGAGGAGGCGGAUCUCGUCGCCGACGACACGCAGGAGCGCCGCCCGCUGUGGAAGGAGACUCGCGCCGUCACGGGGUUCAUCACCCAGUUCUUCUACGUCGCGGCCCAGGUCACCAUCGGCGCGUUGUUCCUCAACUACACCCACGACGCCGGGUUCGAGGACCACCGCGGCUCCGAGCUGCUCUCGUACGCGCUCAUCCUGUUCACCGUCGGCCGUUUCUUCGGCGUCGUGCUGCUCGCUGUCGUCACUGCCCCCGUCUUGCUCGGCAUUUAUGCCCUCAUCGCCGCGGUCGUCGGGAUCCUCAUCUCGACGCUGCACGGCACCGCCGGCGUCGCAAUGGUCAUGCUCAUCAUGUUCUUCGAAUCAAUCAUGUUCCCAAUCAUCUUCGCGCUCGCGACAAAGAACCUCGGGUACAACACGCGCCGCGGCUCGUCCCUGGUGAUCAUGGGCAUUGUCGGCGGCGCCGUCUACCCGCCGUGCCAGGCCGCCAUCGCCGACAGGUGGAACACGCGCGUGUCGUUCUGGAUCAUUGUGCCGAACUUUUUGAUCAUCGCCGCGUGGUCAGUCUACAUCUGGCACAUUGACGGCCGGCACUUCACCACCUCGAGCGAGGCCAAGGCCGUGCGCGACGACAACGAGAGCGGCCGGGGCGCCGAGGAGGGGUUCGAGGACGUCAAGGCUGGCGCUGAGGUCGAGCAUCGUGAGAAGUACUAG